UCUUUUGUAAUCCCGAAGAGUAUUCAAAAAUAGAGGUUUUAAACUGGCCUGGCAUUUGUAUGGCAGUCCAGCACACGCCUUCGACGACCAUGAGCAGCAAGGAAGAGAUGGACGACGAGAUCCGCGAGCAGGACCGCUUCCUGCCGACGGCCAACAUCUCCCGCAUCAUGAAGGUCUCGCUGCCCAACACCGCCAAGAUUGCCAAGGACGGCAAGGAGACGGUCCAGGAGUGCGUCUCGGAGUUCAUCUCGUUCAUCACGUCCGAGGCGAGCGACAAGUGCCAGCAGGAGAAGCGCAAGACGAUCAACGGCGACGACAUCAUCUGGGCCAUGAGCACGCUGGGCUUUGACGCGUACGUCGAGCCGCUCAAGCUCUACUUGCAAAAGUACCGCGAGAGCGUCAAGGUCGAAAAGUCGGACAAGAAGGACAACGUCGGGUCGUUCGGCGCCUCGUCGUAGGUAGAUGGAACCGACUAAUGUAUUUUGUGCGUCUAUGUCA